AUGGUCUCCGUACUGCCAGGAAGCUCCGCAGCCCACUGGGACCAGAAGUGGCAUGAAAAACAGUACAUGAAAGCCCACUUGGGCACAGCCCUGAAGGCCAAUCCUUUUGGAGGUGCCUCUCAUGCCAAGAGAAUCGUGCUGGAAAAAGUAGGAGUUGAAGCCAAGCAGCCAAAUUCUGCUAUCUGGAAGUGUGUCAGGGUGCAGCUCAUCAAGAACACCAAGAAGAUCACAGCUUUCGUCCCCAAUGAUGGUUGCUUGAACUUCAUUGAGGAAAACGAUGAAGUUCUGGUUGCUGGAUUUGGUAGAAAGGGUCAUGCUGUAGGUGAUAUUCCUUGGAGUCUACUUUAA